CCGGCUCCGAGAGUCAUGGCGACCGCAGCGUCUAACCACUACAACAUUCUCACCUCCAGCGCAUCCAUCGUGCACUCGGAGCCCGGCAGCAUGCAGCAAGCCACGGCGUACCGGGACGCGCAGAGCCUGUUGCAGAGCGACUACCCGCUGCAGAGCAACAGCCACACGCUCAGCCACGCACACCAGUGGAUAACGGCGCUGUCCCACGGAGAGGGAGCCCCGUGGUCCUCGAGCCCGCUCGGCGCGGAGCAGGACAUUAAACCCGCGGUGCAGGGCGCCCGGGACGAGAUGCACAAUUCCAGCAGCAACCUGCAGCACCAGUCACGGCCGCCCCACCUGGUGCACCAGACGCACGGGAACCACCACGACGCCCGCGCGUGGAGAACCACCACCGCGGCGCACAUACAGAGCAUGGCGACGACAAACGGCCAAAGCCUUAUUUACUCCCAGCCGGGCUUCACCGUCAACGGGCUCAUCCCGGGCAGCGGGCAGGGGAUGCACCACCACAACCUAAGAGACAGUCACGAAGACCACCACAGCCCGCACCUCAGCGAACACGGCCACCCUCCGUCCCAGCAUCAGCACCAGCACCGGCCGCAGAGCCACCACGACCACUCGGACGAGGAUACGCCGACCUCGGACGACUUGGAGCAGUUCGCCAAGCAGUUCAAACAGCGCAGGAUCAAGCUGGGAUUCACGCAGGCGGACGUGGGACUAGCCCUGGGGACCCUGUACGGAAAUGUGUUUUCGCAAACCACCAUAUGCAGGUUUGAGGCCCUGCAGCUCAGCUUCAAAAACAUGUGCAAGCUGAAGCCUCUGUUGAACAAGUGGCUGGAGGAGGCGGACUCCACCUCGGGCAGCCCGACCAGCCUGGACAAAAUCGCGGCGCAGGGGAGGAAAAGAAAAAAACGGACUUCAAUCGAGGUAAGCGUAAAAGGAGCUUUGGAGAGCCAUUUUUUGAAGUGCCCUAAACCGGCAGCGUCGGAAAUAAUCACCCUGGCGGACAGUCUGCACCUGGAGAAAGAAGUGGUGAGGGUUUGGUUUUGUAACAGGAGACAGAAGGAAAAACGCAUGACCCCUCCGGGAGGAGCGCUGCCGGGGAGCGAGGAUGUGUACGGGGACACGCCGCCGCACCACGGGGUCCAGACCCCGGUCCAAUGA